UUUAAAAAAUGUUGCAAACGUAGAUCUUUUGUCCUAUUUUGAGGUAAACAUAUCAAUUUUUUAAAUUAAAAUCUUUCCGUAAAAAUGUUAGAUAUUUUAUCAUGCAGAUGGAGACAAGUAAUUUAUCUGAGCAGUUUAAUAAUAGUUUUACGGAAGGAGAUAAUACUACCUCUCAACUGAUAGAACUAAACGAGAAGUUUAAGAUCUGUGCUGGUGUUAUGUACGGCAUAAUAUUUGUACUGGGGUCUAUUGGAAACUUUAUGUUUACUUACAUAGUAAUCUCUACGCAGUCGACAGCUCACCAAAAUGAAGCAGAGGAUAUGUUUGGAUGGAACGCGAUUAAGAGUGUAACAAACUAUUUCCUGGUGAAUCUUUCAGUUGCAGAUUUUCUCAUUUCCUUCACAUGUAUCCCAAUACAGGUAACAAUUCUGUUCCUUGGAUAUUAUCCGUACGGUAAAGGAACAUGUCUCCUCUUCUCCUUUAUUCAACCAACAGCAGUCUGUGCAUCUUCAUUCACUCUAGUCAUAGUAUCCUUGGACAGGUAUAUGACUAUAAUGCACCCUCUGAGACAAAGAAUGAAGAAACCGAAGGGUGUUCUCUGUAUCAUCUGGCUUAUCAGUGGUGUAGUUUCCAUCCCUGAUGUUGUUAUGAUUCAGUAUACUGAGACGGGACCGGGUCGUUACCAGUGCCACAAACCUAAUAUCAUGCCGGCAUUUGAUGUGGUGAUGUUGGUGUUUGUUUACAUUCUGCCUGUACUGGUAAUGUUGUACACCUACAGUAUGAUGGCGUUGACCAUUUGGAGAAAACGAGAAAUAGGAGAGGUUCAAUCCAGCCAGCUUGUUACACGGAAAAAUCAAAUGCUUCGGUCUAAAAAGAAAAUGGUGAAAAUGUUGAUAGUAGUUGUGAGUCUGUAUACUGUUUGCUAUUUUCCGAUAAAUAUUCUGUGGCUUGUACUGUCCCAGCUAAAUCUGAGCCAGGCCCAGUUUGCGUACAUCUUUACUUUGUUCCACUGCUUCGCCCUGUUCCACACCAUAUUCAACCCAAUCAUUUACUUCUGGAUGAAUAGGAAGAUCAGACAACGGUUUCUCUUUAUAUCAUUUUUUCUAGAUCAGACAACGAUUUCUCUUUAUAUUAUUGUUUCUAGAUAA